AUGGCUGAUAUGAUCAGUAGUUUUCCCGACGACAUCCUUUGUUACAUUCUAUCUUUUCUUCCAUCCAAUGAAGUUGUUGCAACCAGUGUUCUCUCCAAGCGCUGGUACCGUUUAUGGCGUUGGGUUCACUCUUUCGAUUUCGACUACCACAUUAGAGGCAAUGACAAGAACAAAGAGGCCUAUUAUCCUUUUCUUCUCUCAAUGUUAUCUUUUUUGGCUUUCCGUCGUCUCGAUCAACCCCUCCAUAGAUUUCGCCUCCGAUGUCACUCUAAAUUUCAUCGUCCUGUAACUAUCAGCAUCUUGACUUCAAAGUGGAUUAAUGAUGCUGUGAGUGAAAUAGGUAGAGUUCAACACCUUGAUCUCAAUCUGAAUUUGCACAUUGCCAUGCCCUCGGUGGUGUUUAGCUGCAAAACUCUUGUAGUUCUGAAAUUGGCCAAUAUAACACUGAAAGAUGUUUCCUUUGUCGAUUUGCCCUUGCUUAAAAUCUUGCAUUUGAGGACUGUCUAUUUCUCAGAAGGUCUAGGUUUUACGCAGCUUCUUUCUGGGACUCCCAAUCUUGAGGACUUGGAAGCCAUAAAUAUAACUGUCAAUCCUGAAGGAAAAUUCAACAGAUUGCCCAAGUUGGUCAGAGCCAAGAUAACUGGAAUUUUGUUUUCAUUGGAAAUUGUCAACAAUGUUAAAGUUUUGCCUACAAAUUGGUUGAUGCAUUUAUGUCAACAAGACCUUGUUUUUGAAUUUCAUAAUUUAGUUGAACUUAAAUUGAAUUUGCCGUAUAUUCAGAAUUGGAUUGAGCUCUUGGAAACGCUGAAGCAUUGUCCCAAGCUUCAAACUCUUGCCAUUCGUUAUUUCAAGACCAGUUUUGGUUCAUCUGCUGAAGGCCAGGAAGAAGCAGUUUGGACAUACCCAGAAUCUGUUCCUGCAUGCAUUUCAUCACACCUUAAAACUUGCCGUCUUGAAAAUUACAGGGGAUCUAUAGAUGAGUUUCGAUUUGCAAGAUAUAUUAUGCAGAAUGCAACAUAUUUACGAACCAUGAAAAUAAAAAUCUGCACUUACAAUAAUUCUACUCAUUGGGAAAAAUUUGAUAUGAAAAGAGAUUUAUCCUCAUGCAUAAAGAAUUCAGAUACAUGUAAACUAUCAUUUGAAUAG